AUGUAUAAAUUAAGUAAUAUAAAUUCAAGGGAUAUAGAAAAUGGUAUCAAUUUCCAUGACACAAAAUUUUCUGAAAUGAUAGAAGAAGAAGAUGGAGAAAAAACUGAUGAUAUUAGUCUGGGCACAAGUGAAUAUUUUGAUAAAAUCGAUAUUCUAGAAAAAAGGAUUGAGGAGGAAAAUAAAAUCAUAGAUAUUUUUAAUAAAAGCUUAGAUGUUAAUGAUGAAGAAUACAAUAAAAUUAUGAGUUAUAGCAAAUCAUUAUGUCAUAAUGAUGAUAAUAAUAAUACAGAAUCAGAAGAAAUCAAAAUCAAUGAAACCAUAGAAGAAAGAGAAAAUUUAGAAACACCAAACAUAAGUAUAGAAAAAAGGAGUAAUAAUAAUUCGAGUACAAAUCUUUAUCAAUAUAAUGAAAAUUAUGAAAAGAGCGAAAUUAAUGAUAACCAAAGUGACGAUAUAAAAAUAAAUAACAUCAAACAUAAUCAAGAUACAAAUGCAUAUCGUUACAAACUCUAUUUAUCGAAGGAAAACCUUCCCCAAAAAUUAGAAAAUGUAAAAGUAAAAAUAAAUGAUAUAAUGAAAAGUGUAUUAAAAUCAUAUAACGAAUCAUAUAAAAAGCAAUAUAUUUCAAGAUUAUUACAGUUUAGAGACAUAAAUUGUAUAUUCAGUUGUAUGUUUUUUACACUGUUAAUAAUAUUUUCUUUUAUGAAUGAAUGGAUGGGAAUUUUAUUAUCAAUAUUAUUAUUUAUGAUAUCAAUGCAAUUAAAAUAUUCUCUUUCUAAUAUGUCAUUGUUGAAUUCGAUUGUCGCAAUUAUUUUAAUAUCUAUAGCUACAGCUUUUUCAUAUGCGAAUAUUAAUAAAAAUGGGAUAGGCAAUGUUGCUGUAGAUCCAGAUGCUAAAAUAAUUAUAAAUGCAAACAGAAAUUUAUUAAUGCUGGAAACAUGCCUUUGUCUUUUCUACACAUUUAUUUUAUUUUCAUAUAUGAUUACAUUGAGGGUUGUAAAAAAAUACAAGCAAAAACAUAUUUGGAUAUAUCAUAAUAUAAUAACUCUUUUUAAUUUUCUUGAUGUAUGCCUUGUUUUUUCAUUUGGGGUGUUAGCAUUUUUCUUUAUAUUUAUAGCUUUAGAGAGUAAUUUACUUACAAUUUUUUCUAUAUUAUUAUUUGCAAGCAGUUUUUUAACAUAUAAUUUGCGAUCGUUUAGUAAUAUUUUAAUGCUAAUUAUUCAGACGAGUUUAUUAAUAACAAAUGUUAUUAUAGUAUCUACAUCGUUACCUAUAAAUCAUCCACUGAAUAAUAAAAUAAUAGUAAAUAUGCAAGUACAAGAAAUGAGCAAAUUACUUAACAAUAUUUAUUUAUUUUAUAUGACAUAUUUAAUAUUUUUUUUGGCACUUCAUUUAUUAUAUACAUUUUAUGUUUUCUUUUCAAAUAAAAAAUUUUUAUCUAAAUUGUUUGCUCAAAGAAAGAUAUACUUUUCAAAUGUCUUCCCUUAUACCACAAAAAGUUUUGAUGAAUACGUUAAUGGAGAAGUACAUUUUAAGGAGGAUAAAUAUUUAUUAUGUUUGGGUAAUAAUGAUCAAAUAUUAUAUGCUUAUAAACAAAACAGUAAACCAGCAGAGGUAGAUAUACGUAAAUAUAUUUAUAACGAAUUUCAUUUGUAUAAACAACUUUUAUUAAAUACAAUUAUUGAUCCAGACAAUUUACCAAAUAAGAAUAUAAAAUAUGCAAUAAACCAUAAUGCUGAUGAAGGGAAUAGUAAUACCCAUUCAAAUUAUCAGAAACAAAAAAAUUCCCAAAAUAAAACAUCCAAGUAUAAUAAUAAUGGAAACAAAGAUCUAGUAUUAGAUGUAAUUGAUGCAUCAUCCGAUGUGUCUAGUAAUUCUCUAAGUAUUGCUGGCGAACCAGAAAUAAUACCAAAUAGAAAUAUAUCAAAUGGUGAUAAUAAUACUAAUAGUUACAAAAAUAUUAUAAAGAAAAAUUCUCGAUUAUUACUUAAAAAGGUAACGAAUAUUCAAGAUGAAAAACUAAAUAAAAAUAAACUUAAGGGUAAUAAAUCCCUAAAUAAUUAUUAUCUAACAAAUUGCGAAUAUUCGAAUAGUGAUCCAAAUUCAUUGUUCUAUAGCAAAUACUCACAUAUAAUUGGUGUGUUAGUAAAAAAUUAUGGCGAAUUAUUAUAUUAUUUGAAUAAAAAGAAAGUAAUUACUAAAUUAAUUGAAUCAGAAUCAAAACUCAACAAUGAAAAUGCCAAAACAAAUGGUGAAGGUUUUAAUAAUUUAGGGAGAAACAAACUCAAUGAAUUGUCUAUGUCAAGCGAGUUGAAAACAAAUACAAUAAAUGAUGAUUCCAUAAGUAGUUAUAGUAAUGUAAAGAAAAACGAAACAAAAUCAGAUUCUCAAAUUAAUGAUAUGCAUAAUAUAAGUAAAUCGAUAGAUGAUCCUACUCCAUCAUACGAAAAUGAAUUUGAUAGUAAUAAUCUAAGUAGUCAAAAUUUUAUGGGUACAUUAGAAAAAACAAAUGAUUCAUCUUUUUAUUUGAUAAAUAAAAACAAAAAUUUUACUAAAUCAAAUUCAUUAUUUACAAAUUGUACUAAUGAAUAUUUUAACAUACCUAUUUAUUCACCAUCUCCAAAUGUUUCUCCAGAUAAAUGUAAUAAAAUGGACGAAAACUAUUUUUGGUAUUACUAUCCUGGUAUUAUUGAUAGAGUAUAUAAUGAAUGGCUAACAUGUAAAAAUCUAGACUGUAAGAAAUUUAACAAUGAUUUUUAUCAUUUGCUUAAAAAUUCAAAUGAAAUACAAAAAUAUUUUUAUCAAAAUGAUAGUAUUGAAAAACAAAGUGACAUCAAAUUAUUUGACAUUACACAAGUUUUAAGUAACAAUAUAAAUAUUAUAAACAAAAUUGUACAACCUUAUUCCCCCUUAAAAUCUUCAUCACUUUUAGAUGGUGAUUUAUUACCUAAUAACAAUAAUGCAAAUUCAUUAAAUGGAAUAAUAAAUAAUUUUCUAGAGGAUAUAAAUAUCGAUGGGAAUGAUAUAUGCUAUUUUGAUAUAUCGAAUAUGCAAUCCUUUAUUGAAGAUAAUAAUAAUAAUAUAAACUUAUUUUUAUCAUCCUUAGCUCCAAAUGAUAGCACAGACAAAUUAUUAAAUAACCAUAUUGCAAUAAAUUCUUCCGAUAUUUUACAAAGUCUUAUAAAAGAAAUAGAUGAAUAUACCCAAGAAAACAAAAAAAAUAAUAGUUAUUAUCAAUAUAAUAACAAAAUAAAUGGCAAUACAAAAUUUUUAUUUAAUAAUUUAGAAAAAAAAGGGGCACACAUAUUAGACAAAAAUAAGGAGAAUAUAUUUUUAUUAAAUAAUUCAUAUGGUUAUAAAAACAAAAACAACAAUAUAAAAAGUUAUAAUACCAAUAAUAAUAGGAUAGAUGCUAUUAUAGAAAAUUGGAAAUAUAAUAAACUUGAUGAUAUAAAUAUUUUAAAAAAUACCAAUUUUGAAUUUAAUGAUUUUAGCUUACAUGGUACAGAUGGUACUUUAAUACAAGACAAAUACAAAAGUAAUGGUGAAAAUAUAAAUUUUAAUGAUUUAUUAAAAUAUGCAGAAACAUUAAUUAUUCAAAACACGGGAAAUGAAUUCAUGAAGGAAAGUUUUGCUGACGCCUUAUCUAGUAAUUUACACUAUGAAUCGGAAAUUGAACUUAUUAAUAAUUUUGAUGAAAUUUUAAGUAAUUUUAUCAAAAAUGUUAAAACUGAAAAAGUGAAUUCGCUUGCCCCUUCGAAUAUUAUGGAUAAGCAAAAUAAUGAAAUAGAAACCCAUUCAAACACUAGAAAGAGUGCAUAUAAAGAAAAUAUUUCAAAUAUAAUUAGCAUUUCGAAUAAUAACGAACCAAAUGAUCAAUAUUUAAAUAUUCAAACAAACAAAAAUGCUUCUAUGACAAAAAAUAAAAAAUGUACCGAUAUAUUAGACAGCUUUAUUUCAGAAUCAAAUAUGACAAACAAAGGAAUAUAUACCACUAAAGAAUUAACUGAUGUAAAAAAAUUGAAUAUUAGAGAAAUUUUAACAUCUCCAUCAAAAUUUGAUGAAUUUACUAUACCAAAGACAAAAAAUAAAGAUAGUAUUGAAUGUCUUAAAAAAGCAAAUCAAAACAUUAAAGAAUUUAAUGAAGUCCCCUAUGAUUCUUUAAAGGAAUAUAUUGAUAACGACCCAAUUUCAGAAAAAAAUAAACUGAAGGAAAAAGAAGGUGACCAAAAUGAUGAAAUCGAAAAAUUAUACGAUUCUAUAAAGGGAUUAGAAAAAUUAAAUGACUCAAAUUUCAUGAAAAAGACAAAUUUAAAUAAAAAUAAUCAAAGAAGCCACAGCAACUGUUACAGUAGUAGUAGCCAUAAAUAUCACAAAAAAAAUGGUAAGAAAGAAAAUAAUUUUGUUGAAAACUUUUGUAUAUAUAGCAAUACUAUAAACUAUGAUUCAAAGAAAAAACCACAAGGAAAAUAUAAUGAGCAUAAACAAGUAAUAAUAGAUCAAUAUGACGAUGAUAAUUAUGAAAAAGAAUAUGGAUAUAAUUCAGAAUAUAUAAGACGAAUUGAAGAAAAAAAUAAUUCAACUAAGAACAUAUCCAAUGAUAAUAUAAGUAAUAGUAAUAACUUUAAUAUUGAUAAUUAUGAUCUUAUAAAAAAUUUAAAAAAAUAUUUAUCCUCUUCUAGCAAUAUAGGUAUAAAUGACAAUGAAUUUAAUGAUACCUUCUUAUUAGAUUAUAUUAAUAAAUAUUUAGAAAAUAAUAAUUCAUAUAAUAUAAAUAUAUAUAAUGAAGUGGUCAUAGAUAGGAAUAACAACAAAAAAGAAAAUACCAAAGAAACAGAACUAGACAAAAUAAAACAUACUUAUAAUACAUCGAAAUUCAUAAACAAAUUUAAACAAAAUAAUAAUGAUAGACAAUAUCUGAAAAAAAUCAAUACAUUUCUGAACAAAAAUGACUUAUUUAGCAGUCUCAAUGAAAAGAAUAGUUUUUCAAAAUAUUAUGAUACAUAUGAUGGAAGUAAAUUAUUUAAAGAAUUGGAUAAAAAAAAAAAUAAGGAAAAUGUAUUCUUUUCAAAUUUGUAUAACAAUAACUCAACAAAUUUUCUUAAUAUGAGCAUGCCGAAAAGCAAUUAUACCAACUGUAAUAGUUAUGAUAAUAAUUUUUUAAACAAAACAGAUGUUUUAAAAAAUUGGAGUUAUAAUACAAAACUUAUGAAUGUUAAUGUAAAAACUAACGAAAGACAACGUGAUCUAUCUAAUAUAUAUAAUGUUAAAAAAUUAAAUACUUUAGAAAAGAUAAAAGAAGAAAUAAUAAAUUAUAUUCCAAUUAAAUUAACAAACUUAAAAAAAAAUGAAAAAAACACAAAUUUAGUAAAAAAUAUAUCUAAAACAAAAGUGAAUAAGCCUGUUUCAUGUAUUGAUUCGUUAAGUAAUAAAUAUGACGAUUUAUAUUAUAAUAUAAAUGAGGAAAACAAUUCUUUAUUUUUAUCCAAAGAUAAAAACGUUUCUAAUAAUUUGUCUAGAAUCAAUGAGGAAGACAAAAAUAAUAUUAAAUAUAAACAAAAUAUUCAGAACAUCACAAACGGAAAUGAUGAUAUAUAUCAUAGUGUAUAUGACAUAGAAAGUUCAAAUAAAAAUAACAACAUUGUAAAUUCAGCCUUUGAAUUAAUAAAUAAUGAAAAACAAUCACAAGAACAUCAAACAAAUCAAAUAAUUCAUGAAACUAUAAAAAAGCCAAGUAUAAAUUUAACGAUAAGCAAUAGUCCCAAUUAUGUUCGUACUAUUAGUCACCAACCAACACAAAAAAUAUCAAAUAUUCUCAACGAUAGCAAAACCAUAAAUAUAGACAAAAUUGAUAUGCUUAAUAAUAAAGAUGAAAUAAAAAUUUAUCAACCUAACAAAAACAUAUUUAAUGAUAUUUAUGGAUUUCGAAAUAAGGUAUCAGAAACAAACUCAUCAACAGAAAAUGAUUUAACCGAGCUGCUAGUUGGUAGUGAUAUGUUUUACGAAGCUUUUAAGUAUAAAAGUGAUGAAAAUAUCGAUGAUUUAAAAAAAAAUACAUUUAAUAAUGUGAAUGAUAAUAAUAAUUUUAUAAGCUAUGAAAUUAAGGACAAUUCGAAUAUUAUGCAAUCACCAGAUGCAAAAAAUAAUACAAACUCUCAACCAAAUAUAGAAAAAGAAAUUACAAAAGGAAAUAAAAAUUCAGAAAAAUUAAAUAAUACUUCUAUUCUUUCACUAAGUGGAAAAUAUUACCUAACCCAUCAAAAUAUGUAUAACGAAAAAUCAAACAGCAGAAAUAGAAGCACAUCAACGAAUUCUUUUUUUGUGAAAAAUAAUAAUUCUUUUGAAAAUAAAAAUUAUCCAGACUUCGAAAAAAAAAUUUCGAACGAUUUUUUCAAAAGUUUUAAUAUUCAUAAAUAUUCUAAUAAUUUUGAAAUAAAAAAUGGACAAACUACAAAAUUGAUUGAAGAUGAUGAAACGUUAGACAAAGAAAUAGAAGAAAUAUUAAACAAAUUAACUGGCAAAAAUGAAAUUAAUAAUAGUCUAGAAAUUAUUACAAAAAAAAAUAUUAAUUCAAAUGAUAGCAGCAAAAGUGAUAGUAGUAGCAAGAGUGACAAUAAUAGCAAUAAAAGUAGUGUCAGCCAAAAUAAAAGUGAAAGUAACAGUAAUGAUAGUGCAAAUGCAUUUGGUAGCAUGAAAAAAAAAGGAGCAUCUAAUAAUAAACAAAAUCAAUUAAAACGUAGUGAUAAUUCAGAAAAAAAUACAUACAAAAAUAAUGUAAUGAUGCUAUCAGGCUUUUUAAAGAAUAACAGAUAUAAUUUUUCAAGUGAAGAAAAUGAAAAAGAAGCAAAAAUGAAAACUCAAAAUAGAUAUUAUAAUAAAUAUCAUAUAAUAAACAAUGGAAAGUAUAAUAAUAAAAAUAUAAUUAAUUCAUUCAAUAAUUCAUAUUAUAUCCAACAUUUUAAUAACAUAAUUAGUACAUAUUCAUGGUGCCCUAAUAGUAUUGAUUUAGAAAAAAAUGAGUAUUCAUUAAAAAAGGAUAAUCUUUAUAUGGACACAGGUAGUACUGAAGACAGUGAUAUAUCAGAUACAAGUAAUUUUGUCAAAGAUGUGAUAGAUCAAAAUUCCAAUUCAAGUAUGUCAUCAAAUGCAUCUGAAUAUUUUGAAAAUAGAAGUUUAACAAAAUGGGAAUCACAAAAAAGUUUGCAAAAUUUACUAAAAAAUGAAAAAAAAAUAGAAAAUAAUCAAAUGAGUGAAUAUGAAGAUGUUAUAAAACAUGUCGAAAUAAAUACAAACGAAUCUUUUAUAGAAUUAAUCAAGCAAGGCAGUAUUUUUCCUAGCAUUAAAAUUAAUCCAGCCACAAAUGAAAAUAAUGAUGACAAUAAUAAACAUACAUCAAACCAGUAUAAAAAUAAAUUAGGAAUAUUUAAUUCGGAAAAUGAUUCAAAUGCAUCUAAGCAUGUAUUAAAUAGUAGCACACUAAGUUAUAUGUCUAAAAAAAAUAAUAAGCAAGACAUAUUUCUUAAUACACCACAAAAUAAUAUUAGCAAAUAUGAUAUACAGGUAUUUACAGAUGAUGGAAUUAAUGAUGAAUAUAAUAAUCAAAAAUGGGAUGAAAUGAAUAAUGAAGUUAAUCAAGAAAUAAAUAAAAAAAAUAUAAAAAACAAACACAUAAAAAAUCAGGAAUAUAAAAUUAUCAAUUUAAAUGGGUUGAAAUCAGUUUCAUAUCAAAAUAGCAACAUAAAUGAUACACAAAGAAAGGAUAAAAUGAAUCAAAAUUUUUAUCAUGAUCAAAAUAAUUCAUCAUUUUAUUCUAAUAACUCAAAUGUACUAGAAAGUUCUAAUAUUGACAUAAAUUCAAUGAAUAUAUAUAAGUUACCAAAAAAUCUUCUAAGUAAUAUUGAUUCGUACAACGUAUAUAAAAAUAACAGUUUAUCUAAUAUUUCAUUUAAUGAAUUUGAAAAAACUGAUAUAACUGUUCAAAAUGUUAAUGUAAAACCCAACAUUUUAUUUGAAUCAAAAUAUAUUGAAAAUGCAUUUAAUAGCCAUGAAAAUACACCAACCAAAGACCUACAGAAAAUGAAUUUACAAACUAAAAAAAAUUUAGUGCACCAGCUCCCAAAUAAUCAAAUUAAUAACAACAGCAACAAUAAUUAUAGUAGUAGACAUACCAGUAUUGAUAUCUAUCAAGAGACACAAAAUAGCAAAACAUAUAAUUUAAAUAACAAAUAUAACCCCGAAAAAAAAGACACACAAAAAACACAAAUUCUAAAUACACAUGAAAAAAACUUAAAUUAUAUAAAAAAUAAAAAUAGUAGCGUAAUAACUGACAUUCAAAAUGAUCACAAAAUCUCGUUUAUAGAAGAACUCAAAAAAAAGUUACUCGAAAAAAAAAAUAUAAAAUCAGCUAAUGGUGUAAAAAUAAGUAAAGAAAAUAAAAAACACACUAAUAUAGAUACUAAAAAAGAUAAACACUAUAAUUCAAAUUCUAAAAAUCAUAAAAAAAAUGAAAAUAUUCGAAAUAUGAAUAGUGAAUCAAUUGAAAAAAAAAUAAUUAAUACGCCAAACUCACACCAUCUUGGAGAAAUUCCCUAUUCAGCAGAUAACUUUUGCAAUAUUAUUAACAGUGAUGAUGAUAUAGAUCAAAACAUGUUCGUAAAUAUGGGUUCAAAAUAA